UUAACACAUUAUUAGAAGUAUUUGAUAAAAGAGGAAAUAUGAACUAUGAAAUGGGAUUUGGACGACAAAAUGAUGAAGCAAUGUGCUCCGACUUUUAGUUGACCGCGUCACAUAUUUAUUCACAUAUACUUCUGUUCUUAAUCUCGAAGAAAAGGCAAUAACCAGACAGGCGGACGCAUCUCUCUUGGCUUCUCCACCCUCGCGUGAUAUUGAUACUCAACAUGUACAAUAAUGUGGGAGUUCAGCCUGGGGGAAAUCAGCCUCCAUUCCCUCCCCAAGCUAGUCCAUUCGGGAAUGCAUUUUCUGGGGCCAGUUCUGGAUUGAUUCGUAGUGGAUUGAGUGCUUAUGGAGAGAAAAUAUUUGGCUCAAGUUCAGAGUAUGUGCAAAGCAAUAUAAGUAGGUAUUUUGCUGACCCGCAAUAUUAUUUCCAAGUGAACGAUGAUUAUGUGAGGAACAAGUUGAAGGUGGUUCUGUUUCCUUUCCUGCAUCGGGGACAUUGGACAAGGAUAACUGAACCAAUGGCAGGAAAAAUAUCCUACAAACCCCCAAUAUAUGACAUCAAUGCACCUGAUCUUUACAUUCCCACGAUGGCAUUUCUUUCCUAUGUUGUGCUUGCUGGAUUUUACCUAGGGUUGAAUGGAAAGUUUCACCCGGAGACAGUAAACUGGAUGCUUAUGAAAGGAUUGGUAGGCUGGGUUUUCCAAGUUAUACUGCUGAAAGUGUCAUUAAUGUCACUGAGCAGUGGCGAAACACCAUUGUUGGACAUCAUAGCAUACGCUGGUUAUGCGUUUACAGGCAUUUCUUUGGCUCUCUUCGGAAAACUGUUGUGGAGACACUCGUAUUAUAUUUUGUUACUCUCGAGCUGUCUUUGUAUGGGAAUGUUCUUGGUGAAGACGAUGAAGAGAGUUUUGUACGCUGAAGUGCGAAGCUACGACUCGGGCAAACAUCAUGUCCUCUUGCUCUUGAUUGCGUUGGCUCAAUUUCCACUCUACUUAUGGCUCGGAAACAUUACCGUCAACUGGUUGUUUUAACCUUGGCAUUACUUGUAUUAUGUAUAGGUUUGUCUAUGUGAUACAAACUCUCCUCUCUAGACUUAGAAAUUUGUUCUUGGUUGUGUUCUCAAUUUUGCUUUCUGAGGAAUAUGUUUGUAACUCUAAAAGGGUAAAUUAGGUGAUAUUUAUUGUUUAUAGGAUUUAACUAAAAAUUGUAGCAUGAGUAUUGUUGGUACAUCAUAGGUUUUGGUAAUUUAAAACUAGAUUUGCAGUUC